AUGAGAGUGACGGAAACAUUUGAUGCAAAUCCGGCGAAUUCGCCGCGAAGCGUGCGCGAUCAUCUUGAAGCGAACUUCAAUUUCGAGAAAAAAGAGGUGCCGAAGCCGCUGUCGAUCGUGGUAGGGUUGUUAGGCGCGGAGGUGGAAGAAUGUGGUGGAGUGAGAGCGAUUAAAAUUUCCGUGGAAGAGUUUAAAUGCUGGAGAGAGAGAUUUCCCGAGCUCCGGCCUGAAGUCCCCACUCUCACAGAGUUUCAGGAUUAUCUCUUUUCACCCAUUUCCAAUUUCCCGAAACUUAUCCAGGAGUUGGAUCGUCCAAGCGCCAGUCAAGUGGUCGUUCUAGGUGCAGCUAGUCUGACUUUGGAUGCGACAAUGGAGAAACUGCUGAAGAUCAAAAUUUAUACGGGAAUCGGCUGGGACAUAGAUUACCCGAUGCUGGAUGAGGGUUCUCCUCCAGAUCUCUAUCUUAAACUCAGUAUAGAGGGUGUACCUGUUGACGAACGCACAAAGAAGACCAAAGUCCAGAAAAAUAGCUGGACACCUACUUGGGGAGAGGAGUUUGAGUUCCUUUUACGGAGUCCUGGAAAUGCCUCGAUUGUUUUUGAGGUUAAAGACCGUGACAGAUUCUCAACAAAUGACUUUGCGGGUAAGGUUUCUCUACCCGUGUCUGAGCUGAGGACGGGAAUACGUGCGGUUCCGUUGUAUGAUAAAGACGGCAAUCCAUGCGCCACGGCACGACUCCUCGUGCGUUUUAUGAUUGUUUGA